AUGUACCACAAGGCGAUCAGAACCAGCCUAUUCGCUUUUCGCACCACCACGACAAAUAACCUCUUCAUUGAAUCUGGCUUGCCCACACUAGAGGAACAUAUACAGAAUGUCAACACUAGCUUAAUACCAAAAGUUUUAUUUUUAAAUACAUCUAUAAUAUCCGAAGACGUAAAAAAACUGGUACUAUCCAAACGAACAUUCAAUGUUAAUCCUUCACUGCUCCGAAUUAUCAAACUAUGCAACAAGUACAACUUGGAAGUAAAACCACAUAGACUACGAAGUUACAACCCACCGUGGACUCUUGACAGCCAAUGUUGCGAUAGAACACUACACACCCACAAAAAAGAUAACACCCCAAAUUCAAUAUUCAAACAAAUCUUCCUCGAAAAGGCGAACACUUACAAUAAGAGCGGCUGGCAAAUUAUCUUUACUGAUGGGUCUAAAACACAAAAUAGCGAUGCUUUCAGUAUAACAUCGGAAACAGGCUCCUGCAUUAGCAUGAAAUCAAUGUUCCCUUUCUCUUCAGUCUUCUCGGCAGAAGCAGCAGCUAUACACGAAGCUAUAGUAUUUUCCCUUCACAAAAAAACAAAAACUGUGAUAUGUUCAGACAGUCUAUCGGUGUUACAGGCAGUUAGAAAUUAACAAUUAACAAUUAAUCAAAUAAGAGAUAUGUUAAUAAAAAACAAGAAAACGCUUAAGCUCCUAUGGGUUCCAGGACACGCAGAAAUUGACGGUAACACCUACGCCGAUGAA